AUGGUAGAUGAGGGUACAAAGAAGACUUUAAGUAGCAUACCAUUAUUAAAAACAAAAGCUGGACCGAGAGACAAGGAACUAUGGACGACUCGCUUAAAAGAAGAAUAUCAAGCUUUAAUUAAGUAUGUACAAAACAAUAAAGAAGCUGAUAAUGAUUGGUUUAGAUUGGAAUCGGACAAAACUGGCACAAAGUGGUUCGGAAAAUGCUGGUAUGUCCAUAAUUUACUGAAAUAUGAAUUCGACUUGGAAUUUGAUAUACCAAUAACAUACCCAACCACAGCCCCAGAACUUGCUUUACCAGGGUUAGAUGGUAAAACGGCGAAAAUGUAUAGAGGCGGUAAAAUAUGUCUAACUGAUCAUUUCAAACCGCUUUGGGCGAGAAAUGUACCAAGAUUUGGCAUAGCCCAUGCUAUGGCUUUAGGGCUCGGUCCGUGGCUUGCAGUUGAAAUACCAGAGCUUAUAGAACGCGGUGUUGUAAAAUAUCAAGAAAAAUCUGAAGAAGCAAAG